UAUGAAAUUAACAAAAUCUAACAGUCUGCUCUAUGCAAAUGCAAGACACUCACAAAACAUAAUCCAUGUCCAGCAGGACUUAGUGUUCAGUCAGAGUUGGUGUUUCAGUCACAGCACACGUAUGUGAAUGUGUAGCAGCCAAAAUGAGGAUUGUCUUUUUGGUGCUUCUACUGGUUCCUCUGGGCUGGACGAAGCGUGAGUAUUUCUUACAGUCCAAUGCUUCCAGCUGGGAACUAGCUCGCCAGCACUGCCAGGUGUGCUACAGGGAGCUGGCCACCAUCACGGCCGAGGACGCACGCCACAUGCUGGAGAAACUGGACAACAGCAGCAGAGCUGUCUGGGUUGGUUUGCGGAGGAGGCUCAACGAAACCGUGGCAUCCAACACCACCAACAGCACCGGCCCGGAGUCCCACUGGUUCAGUGGCACCGCUCCAUGGUUCCAGUCGUCAAAUGACACCAACGGCACGUGGUUCAGCUUUUUUGAGGGAAAGCUUCCAUGGUCCCGCUGGGCCAAUGGUGAUCCAGUGACCUUCCAGAACUGGUAUCCUGGUCGACCCGUUUCAAAGCCCAGGCCGGAACCGAUCAAAUGUGAUCCUAACGCGGGGGCCAGUACUUAUACCACUACACCCAGCUAUUCCACAGUGAAUGGGUAUUCCACAGUGGAUGGGAAUUCCACAACAGGAAUGACAAAUCAGAACAGCACCAAUGGCACCGCAGAGCAGAGGAAUGACUCAUACAUGUGUCCCCAGCUGAAGAAACUCCUCGAGUGUGUGGACGAUCAAGGAGCAAAGGAUGCUCUGAGCAGAUAUUUAAAUCAGUCCUCAGAUGCCACAACGCCCGGUUCAAAUCAGACCACCUUUAAUAUGUCCUUAAAUGUCACAACGCCCGGUUCAAAUCAGACCACCUUAAAUAUGUCCUUAAAUGUCACAACGCCCGGUUCAAAUCAGACUGCCUUUAAUAUGUCCUUAAAUGCCACAACGCCCAGUUCAAAUCAGACUGCCUUUAAUAUGUCCUUAAAUGUCACAACGCUCAGUUCAAAUCAGACCACCUUAAAUAAUUCCUUAAAUGUCACAACGCCCAGUUCAAAUACCAACGUCACGACCCCCAACUAUCAUGACAAUCCAGAUUGGACGACCUUGGAGCUGUAUAGUGCUUCUCCUGGUACCAUCCCAACCAGCACCUCAGCUCCAAAUCGUUUCUAUGGUGAGGUGAACGUGUCUGACAUCACAUACACCAGUGCUGGUGUGAAGUGGUUGGAGGCGCCUGGUGCAAUCUCAGGCUAUAGGGUGGAGGCAUAG